UUGGAUCCGUCCGGAAAUCUAUACACGUUGGUGUUUCAACAGCCUUUCCAGUAUGACGCCGCCAUGGGUGUCCAAACGGUGGACAUCGUCGGAGCGCCCCUCCUCCUCAGUUCCGGCACCUUUCUCGGCUGGAGCUAUGACCAGUCCACUGGUCCAAUCAGCUACAACUACGCUUCCUCGCCACGGAACGGGACCUUGUUGUCAUACGUCGGGGGAGACCAACUAGUCGUCGGUCAGACCUACUUCUUCUACAUCACCAAACCGUUCUUCUUCUCCAUCCAGGCCACUGUAGACCUGAAUCCUGAAAUUCCAACUACCACAACGACAACGACCACUACCACGACCACGCCCACAACUACAACCACGCCCACCACAACUACGACCAUUCCUACCACAACGACCACGCCCACUACGACCACUUUACAACCGACAGAAAUGGAUAUUCUGGAAAUCAAUACCUCCCUGCAGGAUUUGGCAUCGGUAAACCGGGAUUUGAGGCCGGUGUGGGUAGCGGAGGGUAUGUCUUGUCCUGUGUCAUCCUGUGGGACAAGAUUAUAUAAAACUUAUAGUGCCAUGCUCCAGCAUUGGGCGGAAGUCCAUGCCAGGACAGUUGAGUUACUGGGGUGUCCCAGGUGUGGAUUCCACCAUGUGAGGCGGAACCAGGUGGUCCGCCAUAUCCGACGGCAACAUGGGUUGGGGAUGCAGGAAGCCAUCGUUGACUUUGAUAUUGUAUUAUCACUAGUACCGGGGCAAGGGCCACGCGGCCCGAGAGGACCAAUCGGCCCGAGAGGACCAAUCGGCUUGAGUGGCAGUACGGGAACACAGGGAUUGACUGGCAGUGCGGGAGCAGUGGGUGUGACUGGCGUUACGGGAGCGGAUGGUGUCGACGGCAGUACAGGAGCAGAUGGUAUCGCCGGUAGUACGGGAGCAGAUGGUAUAGCCGGCAGUACGGGACAACAGGGCUUGACUGGCAGUACGGGAACACAGGGAUUGACUGGCAGUGCGAGAGCAGUGGGUAUUACGGGAGCUGAUGGUGUCGCCGGCAGUAAAGGAGCAGAUGGUAUCGCCGGUAGUACGGGAGCAGAUGGUAUUUCCGGCAGUACGGGACAACAGGGCUUGACUGGCAGUACGGGAAAACAGGGAUUGACUGGCAGUGCGGGAGCAGUGGGUGUUACGGGAGUGGAUGGUGUUUCCGGCAGUACGGGACAACAGGGCUUGACAGGCAGUACGGGAACAAUGGGAUUGACUGGCAGUGCGGGAGCACGGGGAUUGACUGGCAGUGCGGGAGCAGUGGGUGUCACUGGCGUUACGGGAGCGGAUGGUAUCACCGGCAGUACGGGAAGCACAGGACCAGUUUCUACGUUUGCUGACGCCUGUACGGACGGGACCAAUGGCGGCUGUGCGCACGUCUGUGUGGACACAAGGAAUGGUGCCUACGUGUGUCUCUGUAACAGCGGGUACGGACUGGACUCGGACGGACACAACUGUACGGACAUCGAUGAGUGUACGGAGUACGGACCGUGUGAACAAACCUGUACAAACACAGUGGGCAGUUUCGAGUGUAGCUGUCGAGCUGGGUUCACACUGGACAAUGUUACCAACAGCACGUGUAACGAUGUUGACGAGUGUACUAACACCAGCCUGUGUACUGGACAGACAUGUGUCAACUCCUACGGGAGCUACCACUGUGUGACUUCUGCGUCGGGGAUGGCUCCGGACAUCCCUGGGGAUGAGGAGGAGAAGUUAGGGGAGUCAAUUUUACAAACAUCUGUUGACGCAUGCUCAGACGGCACCAAUGGUGGAUGUGAACACGUGUGUGUGACCAACAAGAAUGGCGACUACUACUGUUUGUGUCACGAUGGUUACAAACUGGACAUAAGAGGACACAACUGUACGGACGUGGACGAUUGUACGGAGUACGGACCAUGUGACCAGACGUGUAUCAACUUCCCCGGGACGUACACGUGCGGCUGUCGGGAGGGGUACAUACUGGACAUAGACAACUUCACGUGUAACGCUGUUGACGCGUGCUCAGACGGCACCAAUAGCGGGUGUGAACACGUGUGUGUGACCAACAAGAAUGGCGCCUACGACUGUUUGUGUCACGAUGGUUACAAACUGGACAUAAGAGGACACAACUGUACAGACGUGGACGAGUGUACGGAGUACGGACCAUGUGACCAGACGUGUAUCAACUCCCCCGGGACAUACACGUGCGGCUGUCGGGAGGGGUACAUACUGGACAAAGACAACUUCACGUGUAACGCUGUUGACGCAUGCUCAGACGGCACCAAUGGCGGGUGUGAACAUGUUUGUGCUACCACAAGAAAUGGCGACUACUACUGUUUGUGUCACGAUGGCUACAAACUAGACAUAAAAGGACACAACUGUACAGACGUGGACGAGUGUACGGAGUACGGACCAUGUGACCAGACGUGUAUCAACUUCCCCGGGACGUACACGUGCGGCUGUCGGGAGGGGUACAUACUGGACAUAGACAACUUCACGUGUAACGCUGUUGACGCAUGCUCAGACGGCACCAAUGGCGGAUGUAAACAUGUUUGUGCUACCACAAGAAAUGGCGACUACUACUGUUUGUGUCACGAUGGCUACAAACUAGACAUAAAAGGACACAACUGUACGGACGUGGACGAGUGUACGGAGUACGGACCAUGUGACCAGACGUGUAUCAACACUCCCGGGACGUACACGUGCGGCUGUCACUCCGGGUUUAUGUUGGAUACGGAUAAUACGACAUGUCAGGAUGUAAACGAGUGUGACAACUCUACCACGUGUCCAGAACCGGAAGUGGGCGUGUCUGUAUGUAUAAACACUCAUGGAUCUUACUAUUGUCUGACAUUCAACGAGAGGACAUCGGUGGUACAUGAGGAACAACUCCUGUCAGACCAAAGUGAUGACCAAUCAUCGCUUUAUGACCACGAGGCAUUACCACUACAGGAAGAUUACCUAGAUGAUUCACAUCAUAGAAAUGGAGAUCAAAUACUCGAAGAGGCAACGACUGUGCCAGAUGAAUCGAUGAAAUCCCCCGAAUCUCCGACUUACGGUAACCUUACACUGGGGGUUGGUUUCCUGGCCGGGGCGUUGUGUGUUGUGUUAGUGGGUAGCGUCGUCUUUGUGAUCCGUAAACAUCGCCGUGCACUUUGUUGGAGACGUGUAGAGGAAAACAACGUAUUGCAAGCAUGACGUAUUGGACAAGGGAGCAUCAUCAUACGAUUGUCCACAUGGAGUGAGCGGAAUACCACACUUCCGGUCAUAUAUAGCCAUCUGAUAUUGGUAUACAUGAAUUGCCGACGUUGUAAGCAGACGUUCACAUUGCAUUUCAGUGGAUACAUUGUAGAAACAUAUACACAUGAAAUGAUUACGCCACAAAGGACACUACACGUCCGUUCAACUGCUACUGUAUUCCACUGGAAACUCCGACAUUAUCUGAGGUAGUGGAUACUCCCGUGAUUAUCACCAAAAAAACUUGACAUCAUUUUAUUGAUAAGCAAUGGAUUAUCUGCCUUCUAUUUUAUCCCCAUGAUGCUCCUGUAUUGCAUUGUUUUUACCUGUCCACAGCGACCUUCAACGUCAAAGAUACGUCACGUGGUCAUGCUUGACAAUAUCUGUUCUAAAGAUAAUUUUUAUCAACUGAAAAUGCAUGCUUUUGUACUUCCACAUUGGUGUAAUCUAUGUCGUUGUUAUGUGACAUUGAGUGGUCAUCCAACCAUGUCCAUGUCUCAGUGCUGAUGUGUACUGUACUCUAAGUCUUUAUACUUGAUAUUCAUUCUUACAAUUAAUUGUCUGUAUGUUAGUUAUCAUUCAGUUAACCUUGUUACACGAGUUCUACAUGUUGUUUUCCUUCCAUCUUGUUUUUUUUUUUAUAUAAUACUGUAUUAUUAUUAUCAUUUUUCUUGUAUCAUUAUCAGUGUGUCUUUUGUUGAUUCAUAAAAUUUUAACGUGGUUUUUUGUAUGUUUACAGACGUGAUCGACCUUUAGCACUGCCCGUCACUUACAUCGUAAAUUACGUCAAAUGAUAUAUGUGACGUCUUCGCUGAUUAUUUCAUGCUAAGACUUCAGUAAAUAUUGUAUAAAACAGACAGUAAUAGUCGUAAGGACCAGUCAGUAACAGUGGUAGAAUCAGUAUAAGACGAAAAGAGACGUCAAUACAAGUCGUAGAGAGACUUCAGUACAAGUCGUAGAGAUACUUCAGUACAAGUCGUAGAGUGACGUCAGUACAAGUCAUAGAGUGACGUCAGUACAAGUCGUAGAGAAAUGUCAGUACAAGUCAUAGAGAGACUUCAGUACAAGUCGUAGAGUGACGUCAGUACAACUCAUAGAGUGACGUCAGUACAAGUCAUAGAGUGACGUCAGUACAAGUCAUAGAGAGAUGUCAGUACAAGUCAUAGAAUGACGUCAGUACAAGUCGUAGAGUGACGUCAGUACAAGUUAUAGAGUGACGUCAGUACAAGUCAUAGAGAGAUGUCAGUACAAGUCAUAGAAUGACGUCAGUACAAGUCGUAGAAUGACGUCAGUACAAGUCCUAGAUUGACGGCAUUAUCAGUCGUAGAGGGACGUCAGUGCUAGAUGCAGAAAAAAUAAGCACAAGUUGUAGAAACCCGUUAAGAAAUAAAUACAUAAAACUGCAUAAAAAUAAUUAUUCUCGAACCCUUUUUGAGCAGUAUCCAUAUACAUGUAUAAUGAAGCUAUAUUGAUAUAACCACAAUACACAACUUAACAAAGAUUUGCUAAUGUUUCCAUUAUUGAUAAACAUAUAUACGGUGUAUAGAGUUAUGUCUUCUAUAUCAUUGAACACAGCAAAUCUAAAAGUAUGGUUUGUAAAAUGAAAUUAUGUUUUUACAUUAUUGACAAAGUUUUAUAUGGUACAGCGUAUGUUCGAUGACGCAAUAAUAUUGAUACAAACAUAUACAUGGUAUGUACAAAUGUAUUAGAUUUCUAUAUUAUUUAUAUA